AGUUCAAGCAAAUUACGGCAACAACAAUUGAAGUUCGAUUUCGGCUCGACAUUGUUGAAUUUUUGAAGUCAAUUCCACCUAUGUACUUGGAUGAAAACAAGUCUUUGAUUCUGAAGAUUGUGGAAAGCCAGAAUUCGGGGAAGAUUAAUGAGUGUGCUGAGUGGUAUGCAAAACGAUUUCUACAUCCUGACAUUGUGGCACCAUAUGAUUACAUAUUUAUCUGGGACGAAGAUUUGGGAGUGGAUAAUUUUGAUUCUGAAAAAUACGUUGAUUUGGUUAAGAAACAUGGUUUGGAAAUUUCACAGCCUGGUGUGGAUCCUAAUAGUCCGUUUACAUGGCAGAUGACAAGGAAAAGACAUGACAGUUGGAGUUGUAUUAUACGUUGAUUUGGUUAAGAAACAUGGUUUGGAAAUUUUAUGGGUAGGCCAAAUUACAAAGGAGACUCUGCCGAAAUUUACAUUUGCAUUAUUCAA